AUGGAAGGAAGCAGUCGGUGGGGUGAAGAAGUCGGUGCUUGGCUAGACUACGAUAUGAUUAAUAGUAAAAAACGAAAUUACUUUUUCAAGACCAAUAUAUCACCGCUAUGGACUGGGUGCUACGAAAAACACCAAACUUUUGUAAAAAGGGUACUGAAUUAUUUGAAUAAAAGUGAAAUAUUUAAGACUCUUGUGGGCAUACCAACCACCCUCAGUACAACCGAUCAACAGUGUGAUCAGUUGAACGCAUAG